AUGGUGAAGACCAGAGGAGGCCUUUCCGCCUCCCCAUCCUCACCGACCCCUCGACCACAGCGAGCUGCCAUGGGAGCCGCACCUUCACCUCCUGUUCAGGCCCCGGCCAUUCCCCCAUCUGAGGGGGAAGUUCCUUCUCAGCGCCGAUACCCCACCCGGAGGCCACCCACGGAACCUGUGCCACCAGCCGAGCAAGCCGCGAGCUCUGUUUCUCGGCCCCCUGCGAAGAGGACCAGGUUCUCGGGUCCUGGAGAGCCAUCCCACGCACCUCAGCCAGAGCCAGCUACAGAGGAACCUCGGAUUCCAGUGGACAUGCCUCCCGAGGCCAUUAUCAGGUGUCCCAUGAUAGCUGGACCGCCGAUUGAGGCCUACUUUGCACCCGAGGGAGCACCAGCUGUGCCUGCACCUCCAGAGCUACCCCGAGAUGAGCAGUUGCCUCAGGCCCAGCAGGAUGAGAUUCUCACUGACACCACACCUCAUGACCUUGCAGCACCCACCUCAGUGCACAUGCCCGAAGGUAUACAUCCUUCUUCUCCUAUCACUGCGGAUGCUCCACCAGUCAUGCUAGCUACUCCAGCUCCUCCUUCUUCACCUGAGCCCACUGUCACCGUUUCUCUUACGGAAUUCAGAAGCUUAAUUCAGCAGCAUCUGAGUAUGCAGGCUCCUCUUGGGCAUGAUAGGUCUGCACCAUCCGAGCCUCUAGUGCCAGAUGAGGAGAGCUUGCCAGCUGAGCAGCCCAUACCAAAGGAGGAGACCAGAGCAGAGCCAUCACAUGACCCCCCUCAUAUCUGA